AUGUCAGACGAGCAGAUCAUGAAUGAAAAGUUUGACACUGGCUCUGUUUUUGCCAUAGCAGAAGACAUUCUUAAGCGAACCACCCAUAUUGUUGACAGUAUGGUGCAGCAGGGUUCUCAGUCACACGAGGAGAAGUUAGAGGAAAAGGCGCCCAAAGCCAGCUUCAGCCCCACACUAUACAAACUGAUCAAGACACUUUUCUGCGAGCUGAUGGCAUGCCGGACACCGAGUGAGCAAACUGCCAACGAAACAACAAAGUCAAUACUUACCAAACUCAAAAGCUAUCCAUGGGAUGCCAAGGUUUUGCUAACACUUGUUGCUUUUUCUUUUGAGUACGGGGAAUUUUGGCUCCUUGCCCAACUUCACCCAUCAAACCCACUGGCCAAAUCAGUGGGAAUCUUGAAAAGAGUAGAAGCCAUCUUAGAGCCUCAAGGUCUAAUUCAUAAAUACAAGAAAGAGAUUGGUGAACUUAACGAGCAGACUAAGGAGACAUUGAAAGUCAUCAGGUCCAUCCUUGAGUUUGAAAAGCUACCUAUCAAUAAUACAAAGGAUGUACCAGCUGCAUUAUCAACUGCCAUGGGCUGUAUCUCAGAGGAUGUCUACAGGGCUACUAUAACUACUAUUGUAGCUUGCACGACUCAGUUGUCUUGUUUGACUAGCGAUGAGGACAAGAAACAGGAAUUAUCUACCUUUGCUGAUAAAAGCAAAAGCACCCUAGAAAAUCUAAAGAAGCAGAUAAAACUUCGCAAUCAACAAAUAGAAGCUUAUAGGAAACUCGAGGAAAUCAUCCGAGCACCUACCGAAAUCGUGGCGUUUUUGAAGGAACUGAUAUUCGCCAAGGAUGAUGUGCAGCAGCUUUUUGAUGGUUCUACUGAAACGCUGGUUAGCAUCGACGAGCUGAAAAACAAGAAUGUUCUAUUGUUCUUUUCUGACUUGAACAUCUCCUCCGUUGAUGACAUGAUCUCAAUUCUGAAGCCAAUCGAUGAUGAAAUAAGGAAGAAGGAUUAUCAUUAUAAAAUUCUAUGGAUCCCAAUUGUGGAACAGUGGAGUGAUGACGAGAGAAAGAAGUUUGAUACGCUGCAGCCUAAGAUGUCGUGGUACAUUAUGAAGUACUUUUCUGGACCAGUACGUGGAAUAAGGUUUAUUGAGAAGAAGUGGGAAUUCAAUAAUUCGCCUAUCCUCGUGGUGAUGAAUCCGCAAGGAAAAGUGGAGCACCAGAAUGCACUCCACAUGAUUCAAGUGUGGGGAAUGAGGGCUUUUCCUUUCACUGAAGCGGAAGAAGAAAAAUUGGCGAAGGAUUCGAAUUGGAUAGGGGAUAUAAUGGCUGAAAUUCAACCAAGUUUGCACGACUCGGUAAGGGAUGGUAGCUUCCCUGUUUCAUUUAUCAAAAAGUGUCUUGUGAAAAAGUUGGAUCUUGCUAGCGAGGCUGAGGUGGAGAUCUUGUUGUGGGGUUAG